AUGUCUUCCGACUCUUCUUCCAAUUCCGAGGCUGCGAUUCUUCCCGAACACCGCAGGGAGGAAACUUCUACCGAGAUCUCGAGUUCGGGAUCUACGGAGCAUUCCUCAAAUGCUUCUUUGGUUCGUAAGAACUCCCGGGUCGUCGAGGUCGGCUCUGGUAGCCGAGUUCCCAUUCGGGCUCCGGAACGGAUGGACCAAAAUCUCCGCGAGCCCGAGGGCCAAGUUCCUGCUGAUUUGGUCUUGGGACGGGAGCCUGAUGUGAAGACAGAUGAAGACGCUCCACUGCGCGAGGUCGGGGAUGGAGGAGUGCAGGAUCCCAACGAUGACGACAUGAUGCCGAUCGUGGAUCGGCCGUGUAUCUGUGCUCCGGUGAAGUCUACUUUAUCAACCCCCGAAACAGUCCGGGCUGCUAUGCUGGUUGGUGGAGCCCCUCCCGGAAUCAUAAUCCAGGUCCCCGAACCGGAGGAGCGUCCCUGGGACGCUCCUGAAGAUUUUAUUUGCGUCUACGAGGCUUAUUUCCGCGAGGCCGGGUUAACUUUCCCCUUGCCUCGCCUUCUGUUCGCGUACUGCAACCGGCAUGGCUGCGCGAUAGCCCAACUUCAGCCGGCGUCGAUUGUAAACUUCGUUGGGAUUCUCCAACUCGGGCGCGAUAUCCGCACUCGAAUCAAUGUGGCACAGUUCGAGGAGCUCUUCAUAAUGAAAGUCUCGUCGGCCAAAAGCUGGUUCAUGUCGGUGAAUUGCAAUCCGAAAUUCGAUUUGGUCACCGGGAACAAGGCCAGCAAGUUUACGGACUGGGACAAGAACUACUUUUUUCUUCGCGUCGACUCAAUUUCUGCUGAGAAUCCGGAGAGCACGUUCCGGACUGGCUGGAGUGUUGACUUUGAUCGUCACAUUCCGAGGUUUAUCCAACGCUCUCUUACGUCCGACCUAGCGAAGCAGCUUAGUCUCGCUGGUCAGCGCCGUUGGCCACUAGCGUAUCGGGAGAAGAUUGACCGCCGGAUAAAGAGGGCUCAAGACAAAGCUAAAAAUAAGAAGGAACCCAGUUCAUCGAGACCGGUCGCGAAGAAUAAGAAAUCGAGGAAAAGCAACAAGAGGAGUCGGAGGAUGGCGUUCGACAGGUCGGAUAUCCCAAUCAUGAACUUUGGGGCUGACGAGGAAGACGACAAUGCCCCAAUCGACAUCGUCGGUCUCGAUGGGAACGAGGCUGGUGACGGCGUCGAAGCUGCUGUCGGGGACGGGGUCGAUAACAUCCCGGUUGGCCCAGUUGACCCUCCGAUCCCGGUUGCGGAGCCGGAGGGCGAUGCGGCGGGAACUAGUGUUCCCGAGGCGACUCCUCAGACUCAAAUAGAGGAGGGGGAAAUUGGUGAGCAGGAUGAGGACGAGCUCACCAUUGCCGACCGCGCCCGUAGGAAGAAGGGCAAGGCUCUGAAGAAAUCAUCUCGGAAAAAGGGUGAUGAGCCCGAGACGGCCGCGAGUGAAGGGACUUUGGUCCUUCACGAAUCUUCUAACGCUUCUCAGGUUCCUCCAGCGGAUCCGGCUGCCGAGACCGAGAACCCGAGGUCAUCCAAGAGGCGUCGGACCUCUGACUCGUCCUCAUUCUCAGUCCGGCUCAAGUACAACAAGGACCGGUCCUUCUUCGACGACUCGUCCGCCUGUGCCGAGCUCUUCAGGCAGAUCGUGCCGGCCUCGUCUCCAAUGCCAGAGACCAAAGAACUUUUCCGCCCCAAGUCUUACGCUCGGGUCGCGAAAUCUGCCUCCGCUCUCGUCUGUGAUACCAACGAGCUCGUUCGCGAGUACGACUCCGAGGUCGAGAGGCUGAGGAGGAUCAACGCUGAGGACGAAAAGGAAAGGUACGAGGCUGCUGUGCUGGCCUUUACCGAAAAGGAGAAGGAGAACGCGGCUUUGAAGGAGCAAGUCGAGGCCCUGAUGAAGCGGACUGUCGAGCUGGAGGGGGAUGUGGACGCCUUGUCCAAGUCGUUCAAGACAAGCGAGCUCGAGAAGCGGAAGUACCGAGACGCCGAGUCCAAGGGCAGGAAGAUGCUGGCCGCCCUUAGGGGCAAGUGCGAGGGGAAGCUUGCCAAGAUGAAGGACUUCAUGGACAAGUCCAAGCUCAGAAAGGCGCCGUUCCUCAAGCUUAACCAGGCGACUGCUCUGGUCGGUUUCUGCGACUUCCUCAGGAGGGAGCACAAUAUGAUCGUCCCGCCUCACAUCGUGGAGAUGUACGGGCGGAGGGUUAAGAACUGCACGAAGGAGGUCGAUGAUGUCCCUCUCCCGCGGCUCGCAAAUGAGGACUUCCUGCUUCCGAGUGAUGACGACCUCAUCCCAAGGAUCGUGCUUCCGCCAGGAACGCACGUUCCGGAUGGUUUGGACCAGUUUGGCUCGAACUCCAAAUCCAUCUUGGCUGAUCGGGCAGCGAGUCUCAAGAGUCCGGCGUCCGUCGCUCGCCAAUGA